CGGCUGCGGCGGCCCCGAGCGGCGGGGCCGGGCCCCGGGGCGGGAUCAGCCCCGCUCGGGGUUAUCCCCUGCUCGGGAUCAGCCCCUCUCGGGGUUAUCCCCCGCUCCGGGUUAUCCCCCGCUCGGGAUCCCCCGUGCCCGCAGCAGCGGCUGCGCUGUCCCCGCCCGCAGAGCGGAGGCACGGCCGGGCACGGCGACCUGCGCAACCCCGCCCGCUCCGCAGGUCCCUGCAGAGAUGGCGAGUGCAGAGCCCGGCCCCGAGGAUGCAGCUGAGGCUGAGGAGGCCGUGUACGAGGAGAUGCCCGGUGACAGGAUGGAGCUGAGCCAGCGCCUGGCCGUGGAGGAGCUCCUCAGCACCGAGGCCAGCUACGUGCACAACAUGCAGCUGUGUGUGUGUGACAUCCGGGCUCACCUCCAGGACAAGCAGCUGCCCGAGCUGGACCUGGAAGGACUCUUCUCCAACACCGACGACAUCCUCCAUGUGUCCAGGCGCUUUCUGAAGGGGCUGGAGGACAUGCCUGGCCAGGGGCAGGAGCAGCUGCUUGGCAUCAGCACGCUGUUCCAGGAGUUCAAGGAAGAGAUGGAGGCUGUCUACAAGAUCUACUGUGCCAGCUACGACCACGCCCUGCAGCUGGUGGAGAGCUACCGCAGGGACCCCCGGCUGCAGGAGGAGAUCCUGGACACCCUCAAUGCCACCGUGCCUCACACGGGCGCCUCAGACCUCAGCUUCUUCCUGGUGAUGCCCGUGCAGAGGGUCACCAAGUACCCUCUGCUGCUGGGGAAGAUCCUGGAGAACACCCCGAGCAGUGCCAGUGCCCACUCAGCCCUGGAGGCAGCGGCUCGUGCCAUGGCCCAGGUCAAUGCCAACAUCAACGAGUACAAGCGGCGCCGCGAAGUGGCAACCAAAUACACCAAGGCCGAGCACCUGACGCUGCGGGCGCGCCUGGCGCGGCUCAACACGCACUCCAUCGCCAAGAAAACCACGCGCCUCAGCCGGCUGCUCAUGCACGAGGCUGGCAUCGUGGCCAAGACUGAGGACAAGGAAUAUGACGACCUGGAAGAGAAGUUCCAGUGUGUGGCAUCCAGUGUGGCCACGCUGAAGGAGAACAUGGCAUCCUACCUGGGCCACCUAGAGGCGUUCCUGCUGCCCAGCCCGCACCUGUGUGACCUGCAGAUGGAGCAGGGACCUGCCCAGCAGCACCGCCGCCUCUCCCAGCUCCUGCAGAGCGCCGUGUUCCCCGAGUUUAAGCAGCGUGUGGGCAGGCUGGUGUGGCAGCCCCUCUGCAGCCUGGCAGACAUGCUGGAGGGGCCCCAGCAGCUGGUCAAGAAGCGCCUGGACAAGCUGCUGGACUACGAGGAGAUCCAGGAGAGGAAGAGCGAGAUGGGCAGCGUGAGCUACGAUGAGGAGGCUGCCAUGAACACCUACCUGGCCAUCAAUGACCUGCUGGUGGCCGAGCUGCCCCAGUUCAACCAGGUGGCUGUGCAGCUCCUGGGGCAGAUCCUGCGCUCCUUCAGCGCCCUGCAGCUGGACUUGGCUGCCCAGGUCCUGCACCACGCAGAAAAGGAGCUGGAGCAGCUGCCCCAUGGGCACAUGGCCCUGCCCAGCUUCUGGAAGGUGGUGGAGGACAGCCUGCAGCAGUCGGGUGCCCAGCUCCGUGCCUUCUGCCAGGCCUUUGAGACGGUGGCACCCAGCCCUGGCACACAGGCUCUGACCCCAGCUGAGGAGAGGAAGGUCCUUUCCCUUGUGAGCAAGCACGGCCCAGACAAGCUGUACCAAGUGACCAGCAACGUCAGUGGCAGCAGAGAGCUGGACCUGACCUUGCUGAGGGGACAGAUCGUGGCCCUGCUGCAGAACUCCGACACCAAGGGCAACACCAGCAGGUGGCUGGUGGAUGCUGGAGGUCCCCGAGGGUUUGUCCCUGCUGCAAAGCUCCGGCCCUACAGCCCAGUGCAGGUGCAGCAGCCGCCUGUGAUGCAGCUGCUGGGCCUGGACGGUGACCCAGAGAGAAGGAGACAUUCCUAUGCAUCCCCUGAAGCUCCCAGGCCUCAGGUGGCCACCUUCACCCCAACAUUCCAGGUGGUUGCCGGCUUCUCCUUCGCUGCUCGGAGCCCGCAGGAGCUGAGCCUGCAGGCGGGGCAGCCCGUGCUGCUGCUGGAGCCCCACGACAAGAAGGGCAGCACGGAGUGGAGCCUGGUGGAGGUGAACGGCCAGAGGGGCUACGUGCCCUCCAGCUACCUGGUGACCGUGCCCGUGCAGGAGCCGGCGGGCUGGAGCCUGCCCGUGUGAGCGUGCCAGGCAGGGCAAGGAUGGAUGGAGCCAGCCUGGCACUGAGGAAACCUCGCAGGAGAUGCUGGAGGGAGGCAGCCCCCGGCUGGGGAGGUGGUGGGAGGCACCCGGGGGACACGGGCACGAGGUUGGCACUUGGGAGGCGCCUUUUGACAGGAGGUGUGAGGGUGCCAGGUGCUGUGUGUGUGUUGGCACAAAGCAGAGCAGCACCGGGGAGUGAGGGCAGGUGGCUGCAGAUCUCGGGGGAUUUGCUGCAAUCCCUGCAAGUGACAAAUGUGUCCUGCGGAGAUGAGGUGGUGUCGUCCCUGCGUGGAGCAGGAUUGAGCAGCAAGGGAGCAGCACUGCAGAGGGGCCCUCAGUCAGGCGGGGGGCACUGGGGCACUGAGCACCUGGGCACUGGAGCACCUGAGUGCCUGAGAAUUUGGCUGCUUGGGUACCUGAGUACCUGAGAAACUGGGCACCUGAGGGCCUGAGAAACUGGGCACCUGGACAACUGAGAAUUUGGCUACUUGGGCACCUCAGUACCUGAGAAAGUGGGCACCUGAGAAUUUGGCUGUCUGGGCACCUGAGUAUCUAAGAAACUGGGCACCUGGGCACCUGAGAAUUUGGCUACCUGGGCACCUGAGUGCCUGAGAAACUGGGCACCUGAGGAUUUUGCUCCCUGAGCACCUGAGGAUUUGUCUCCCUGGGCACCCUGAGCCCCGUGGCAGCGCUGGGCUGUGGCCGCCAGAGGGCGCCCCGCACCCGCUCCCGGUGCCCUUUGGGCCCGCACUGGGGGCGCUGGGGCGGGGGCACCGCCCGGGCCCGCCCCGCGGGGGGACCGAGAUCGGGACCCCCGAGAUCCCCGGGACCCCGAGCAGCACACAUCCCCGGCGGGCUGGCACAGGUCCCAUGGAAGCGGUUCUUGGGAGAAUCGAUCCGUGUCGGUCCUGACCUAAGGCUCGGUUUGAGACCGGAGAGCCCCCUCCCACCAUUCCCGAGGUAUCCGUGCCUCAGUUUCCCCCUGGUUGCACUGUUAGGGGAUGCUAAUGGGGCUGGGUGGGCAGCCCUGCCGUGGUGCCAGAGGGGACUUCAGGAACGCCCCGGGACUGGCACCGCACGCUGCCCAGCCCUCACCCAGGUCAGUGCAGCACCCGGCUGGCGUCGCCUGGGCUGCCCACAUCAAAGGUGCCCGUGCCGUGCCCUGCCCUGCCCUGCCCGGCCACCCACGGGCUCCCCGCGGGCUCCCAGUGCGGCCGUGCCCGCGGGCUGGGCAGGGGGCAGGGCUGGCACGGCCUCACCCAACCCUGGGCAGGGGACAGCCCCAGGCAGUGCCCUGUGCGGGGCUGGGGUCUGGUGUGAGGCACAGGGGGGCUCAGCCUCCUUUCAUCCGGACCUGGGGGGUGGCUGGGGGCAGUCGGCUCUGCCCAGGUGCCAUUGAAAGGCCUGAGGAAAUGCUCACCUGCCCCAAACCUGGGAGGGGACAGCAGUGCCAGCGCUGGGGACGUGUCCUGGGGAUGCUCCCGGCCUGGGAAAAGGCUGAUGGGCUCCUCAGCAAGGGAAAAUGAGCAGGCUGGGGAGGAGGGUCAGUGAGCAGUGCUUGCCCACCCAGCCCAGGCCCUGCAGGCACAGGGCUCACCCCUCCAGCUCCCUGCAGGUGCCUCCUCUGGGUUUUUCCAUCCCCAAUCAAACCCCACCAGGUCGGGUUUCCCUCCCGAGUCACCUUCUGCCAGCUCGGUGGGGUGCCCAGCAAUCAGCCCUGUGCCAGCCAUGGCAGCAGUGGGGCAGGUCCUGCUCCACAGCCCUGGGUGCCAGAGACCCUUUGGGGGCUGCAAGGUGACGGUGGCACACGGAGCGCUGAGCCUGCUGCUGCCUGGGCCCCCAUUUCCCCCUGGAAGGAGAUCUGGGGUGCUCAGGGCUGGGCAGGACACCCAGCAGGAAGAGGGCACUGAGUUCAUGUGGGUGCCAAGGGGUGAGCUGGGCUCUGCAGCUCCCCCAGCCCUGCUGCCAGCCUCGAUGGCCAGGGCACCUUUCCCAGGGCUCUGUCCCCAGGACAGCCUGGCACUUGGCUGUGGGAGAUGGGUGCCUGCAUCCCUCCAUUCUCCCUGAAUUCACCCAAACUCACAGCACUGCUGCUGCCCUGAGCCUGGAAAUGCCCUCCUGGAGUCACGGGAGGGCACGGGGCUCUUCCAGCCCAGCCAUGAGGGGGAUAAAGGGCACAAGUGUGCCUUUAAAUAGCCUCUCAAGGACAGGCUCUCCCGGGAGGAAUGCUCUGGCUGGCCCGCUGGAACAUGCCUGUGCCCGGGGGCACGGGGGGACAGCUGGGGCUGCUCGCCAGCAGCCAGGUCAAGGUUAGGCACGGCCCUGGCCCGGUGCCACCGUGCCAUGCUUGGCACCGGGGAACGGAGCCGUGCAAACAGGGAAAUGCGUGCCAGGCCAGGGCUUUGCCAGGCCAGGGCUUUGCCGUGCCCGGGCCGAUCGGAGGUGGCAGCGGAGCCGCUGCUGCCCCUGACCCGCCCUCAGCCCGCCCGGAAUUUGGCAGCGGCAAUGCCUGGCUGCCCGAGCCGCCUCCGGGGCAGCUCCGGGUGUCCCAGAGCGGCUGCUGCGCUCCUGUCCGCGCUGAUUCAUAUCCUGGACGUGCAGGCAUUUGGAUAUUGUCCACCCGAGGGGUGUGACAGCGUCCCCAGGGCGCGGGUGCCAGCCCGGCCACGUGCCGGGAGCAGCUCCGUGUGCCCGCUGCUCUCCGGGGACACGGCAGGGACACACAACACACCCCAGGUGAGAGCCCGGAGUGCCAGGGGCAUGGCUGAGUGCCCAGGUGCCCGUGUGCCCAUCGGCUCUGUCUGCUGGGGCAGCCCAGGGACAGGGAGGUGUGAGGAAAAGCAGCUGCCACCAGCCCCAAUCCCAGAGCCGUCCCCUCAGCACGGGGCGCAGAAAGGAGAGGGCAGAGGGAGACAGGAGGAGCAGGGUGGCUGCCCUGGGCUGAAGGGCACAGCCAGCCCCAGUGGCUUUGGGCACAGAGCUCGGGUUGCCCACGCUGCCAGGCUGAGCUGGCUCCCAGCAGAGCCAGCCUGUGCUGCAAUGUUCUGCCACCUGCCCACCCUGUGGUGGCCCACAAGGAGCAGCUCAAGCCCCAGGCCACCCUCACUGGCCCCUCGUGUGCCAGCUGGGACCAGCGUGGCCCGAGGAGGGGCUGAGCCCCAUGGAGAGGGAGCCCGGGGCUGCAGAGCAGGAGAGGAGCCGUGAACAGCAGCGCUCGCUCCAGGCUGGUGCAGCUGGCACCUGAAUUGUCUAAUAAAGUGUGAAAUUGCUUUCA